GUGUAGGGUCCCUGCAGGAUCCCAGCAGGCUCAGACCUGGACCAGAGCUGAGACAGACCUGGACCAGAGACAGACCUGGACUAGAGCUGAGACAGACCUGGACCAGAGACAGACCUGGACCAGAGCUGAGACAGACCUGGACCAGAGACAGACCUGGACCAGAGACAGACCUGGACCAGAGACAGACCUGGACCAGAGACAGACCUGGACCAUACCUGCUGGGGAGGAGCAGAGAGGGACCUGGACCAGACCGGAGCGAGAAGAAGACGUCCAGACAUGGCAGCGGGACGCAGACGGGUGGAGGACGGACCAGACGUCCCGCAGUGACCUGUUUGGACCAGAACCUCGGGAACAGACCCAGAACCGCCAGAACGUCACCAUGAUCGACCUGAGCUACCUGACGGAGGAGGAGCAGGACGCCAUCCGGGCCGUCCUGCACCGAGACGCCGAGCUGAAGAGGGUGGAGGAGCAGCGAGUCCAGAACCUGCAGAGGACCGUGAGCGACCGGUUCCAGCUGAGGUACCUGACCGGGGAAUGGUUCUAUGAGACCAAGCAGCUCCGUCACCAGGACCGGAUCCACGGCUGCGACCUCAUCCGAGCGUCCAUGAGACACGUCCCCAGACCGCCGACCCUCCAGGAGCUCUGCCAGACGCGUCCGGAGACGUCCAGCUUCGUCUGCAGUCAGAAUAAAGACGUCUUCGUCCCUCCGGUUCUACGUGGACUCCUCCAAGAACCCGAGCAGCGGCCCGGCCCCGAGCGGUCUGAGAACCAGAGCACCGGCGAACCCAGACCAGGUCCCCCAAAACCAGUUCUGCUGUCCCCCACUAAGAGGAGGAACCCGUUCGACAGCAGUUCUGCUGCAGUCCAGCAGGGGGAGCCAUACCCGGAUGGACAGUUUGACGGAACGCCGGCAGCAGGAGACGCCGGUCCAGACCAGCGUGUCUCUGGGGAAAGAACCUCUGUGGAACCGGCUCACCUUGACACGGUGCCUGAGGACAGCCGGGCGGAGGACUCGGACGUGGACGAUUUAGAGACGACACCGUCUCUCACUGAGGACUCGGACAGUCCCCGUCCCCGAGCUGCUCCGGGGACCAGCGCUGGACCGUCUGGAGUUCUCAGGAAAGACGAGUCUGAUCAGGAAGAGGACGAUCAAAGUGAGACAGGAGAGCUGAAGGACAGCGAGGACCGCUCCAAAGGUCCAGCUGUCCCACCUGGAGACAAACCGAAGGUCCUCAGACCGGAACGUCCCCCUGUGAGGACAGCAGAGGUCCGAACGCUGCAGCUCACGGCCCUGCAGAAGACGCCCUUCAGAGAGACCCUGUCCUCAGACUGUCCGCAGGACACAGACACAGGCGGGACCUCGUCUCCAUGGAGACCAUCCCGUCUGGAAACCAUCCAGGAGGGACAGAACCGCACCACUGAGGACACGAGACAUGAGGACCAGUCCAGGACAGAAACAGCAGCUGCCAUGAAGACAACAGAGGAGACACCAGAGGAGGACGCUCUGUGUCCUCCUGAGAUGAAGACACCAGAGGACACCCUGUGUCCUCCUGAGAUGAAGACACCAGAGGACACCCUGUGUCCUCCUGAGAUGAAGACACCAGAGGACACCCUGUGUCCUCCUGACAUGAAGACACCAGAGGACACCCUGUGUCCUCCUGACAUGAAGAAACCAGAGGACACCCUGUGUCCUCCUGACACCCUGUGUCCUCCUGAGAUGAAGACACCAGAGGACACUCUGUGUCCUCCUGACAUGAAGACACCAGAGGACAGCCUGUGUCCUCCUGACACCCUGUGUCCUCCUGAGAUGAAGACACCAGAGGACACCCUGUGUCCUCCUGAGAUGAAGACACCAGAGGACAGUCUGUGUCCUCUUGACAUGAGGACGCCGGGGGAGGACGCCGCCCAGGCCCCGCUCCAGACCGGCAGCAGGUUCUUGGUGGACCUGUCGAGGGACGACGGGACGUACAGAGCCAACCCCGUCCUCGUCUGUGAGACUGAGACAGACGAGUCUCUGGCCGGUUCUGUUACAGACAUACACUCCUCUGGAGCUCAGGAGACCUGUGUCCUCUCUGAAGACCUGGGUCCUUCAGGUCCUGGUCCCGGUCCCCCAGAGGACCGGUGCACCAGCAUCAGUGAGCUGAGACUCUUCUGGGAGAAGGAGAACUCUGGACCCAGAGUAAUCCGGGUGAAGGUCCAGGAAGCCCGUUCAGGACCAGCUGUCCCUCAGUCCGGCCUGGAAAUGUCCUCUGACAGCAAGCAGGACCUCCAUGGGGGGACACCAGCCUCAGGAACCAUCAUGGCUGAAGGCCGGAACCCCUCAGAAGUCUCAGACCCCGGUCCUGACCCACACAACCAGACCAGGUCGGCCCGGACUCCCACGGGGACCGGAGAAAGGUCUUGGAGUCCUGCUAAACAGCUUCCCAGACCAGCGAACCAUGACGAGGACGUAAGGAGGAGUCCAUCCAAGACCUGCCACCCAAAGGUCCUCCCCCGAGACCCCUCCACGAGCCCAGGGUCCGGGCUGGGGGGCUCGCCCCUGAAGACCUUCCCCAUAGACAUCCACCCUCAGCAGGACACGCAGAGGAGGAGUCCCUCACAUGGAGCCAGGACCAAGCUGUCCUCUGCUGGACCGCCACAGUCCAGGACCUCCAGAGGGGACGCUCAGCAAAAUGGCUCAAAACCCUCCGCUUCCCCGGGAUCUGUCCGAGCCUCGGAGGAGACGUACCUGGCCCGGUCCUUCGUCCCUCAGGACUACCAGCACUAUCUGGGCCCCGAGGAGCGGGCCCACGGCCCCCCGUUCCCCCGAGACCAGGUCCCUGCAGAGACUGAAGACCCGCACAGACCUGAGAGACCCAGCUGUCCACAGGGGAUUCCUGCCACCAUUGCUGCUUCAGCAGUGAGGAAGAGGAGCGGCGGCUCGGACCAGGAGGCCUGGUUCAGGUCCAGGUCUCUGCCCUGGGCGGCGACAGGAAGUCAGUCUGAACGCUCGACUUCCAUCAUGUCGGCUCUGAAAUGGUUCUCGUCAAGAAACCCGUCCUCGGCCAAAAGUCUGGAGAACCUGAGCUCACAAGCAGGAGGACAGCAGAGGAAUGGACAGAGAGACGAGCUGAAUCUGAGUGUGGACGAUGUUUCUUCACUUCCUCCGUCUGAGCAGAUGAGGACCAGCGUGUCCGUCCCCGUCUUUCAGCAGGACGAGACGGACAGUGACGGCACUUUGGAGACCGGCGUGCGAAAUCGAAGAAACACCAGCAGCUCCACGUCCAACAUCAGCAUCUCGUCUGGGAUGGCGUCCAUGUCGUCUGUCAGUGGAAGCACCGGCAGUCUUUUCCCCGCCGAGGUCCCCGAGGCGCAGGUGGAGGUUCAGGGCAGCGUCCAGUUUGCCGUCAACUACAUCCAGAAGCUGGAGGAGUUCCAGGUCUUCGUGGUGCUGUGCCGGGGCCUGGCCGCCGCCGACGGCAAGAGGAGCCGCUCCGACCCGUACGUGAAGUGCUACCUGCUCCCCGACAAAACCAGGCUGGGAAAGAGGAAGACCAGCGUGAAGAAGAAGACCGUAAACCCGACCUACCACGAAAUCCUGAGGUUCAAAGUCCCGAUGGAGGUUCUGAAGACGCAGAACCUGAACCUGUCGGUUUGGCACAAUGACACAUUUGGGCGGAACAGCUUCCUGGGGGAGGCGGAACUGGACCUGUCCCAGUGGGACUUCAGCAACACCCACAUCAACGACUACCUGCUGACGGCCCGGGUCUCCGGACGGACGUCUCCGUCACGCCUGGCGGACGGCAGGGGACGGAUGAGAGUGGCCCUGCGGUUCCUGCCUCAGACGUCCCACAGUUCCGGGACUCCCGGGACUCCUGGGACGGCCAGGACGUCCCGGACGUCCCGGGUGGAGGCCGGCGAGGUGCAGAUCUGGGUGAAGGACUGUAAGAAUCUGCCGUCGGUCAGAGGAAUCGUCAUCGACCCGUUUGUGAAGUGCGCCGUCCUUCCUGACACCAGCAGGAAGAGCCGACAGAAGACGCGGGUGGUGAAGAGGACCGCCAGCCCCAUGUUUAACCACACCAUGGUGUACGACGGCUUCAGGCCGGAGGACCUGAGAGAGGCCUGCGCCGAGAUCACGGUGUGGGACCACGACCGGAUCAACAGCCGCUACGUCGGAGGCCUGAGGCUGGGCCUGGGCUCAGGUAAGAGCUAUGGAGUGGAGGUGACCUGGAUGGACUCCAGCCCAGCAGAAGCUGACCUGUGGAGGAGGAUGCUGCAGCUUCCUGGGGAGUGGGUGGAGGACGUUCUCCCUCUGAGGACUCUGGUGCUGGCAAAGAACAUGUAGCAGUCAGGAGAACGUGUCCCGGUCAGGAGAACGUGUCCCGGUCAGGAGAACGUGUCCCGGUCAGGAGAACGUGUCCCGGUCAGGAGAACGUCUGAGCAGCAGUUAUUUUCGACAGAAUUUAAAACUGUCUUUUAGAGUAAAGAU